AACAUUGAGACAGACCGAGGCUUUCUGAUUUUUUAAUUUCUCCAAGGCACUUUGGAAGUCGCGCUUUUUGCACAGUAUAUACGCGAUAGACUCGUGGUCGCUAUGAUAGAAAAUGUUCAAACGUAAUUCACGGGAAAACAUAAUCGUCAGAGAUCGCAGAUCGUGCCUCAUACUAUUCAGUCCUGAUCCUCGAGUGACGAAUCUUGAUUUUUUAGGUGAUCAAGUUACGUGGUCGAAGGAUGCAUGCCGGAAGCAGCAGGAGGACAACCUGUGCGCGUGGUUGAGUCUCGACGAAGUGGCGAGUUAUGAGGAAGAUGCGCGUUUGAAAACUGAGGAACCAGAAGAGGAGGACGAGAAGGAGCGCGAGGAACUUUCAGGAAUGUCUUCGGCGUCAGUCAACAAGCUACAGAUUCUGUGGGACCAUUUCAUCCACGCUGAACCUCAGAGUUACGAGAAAUCAUCCUGGCUUGAUAUAUUUCUGGCGGAAUUGCUCGCGCAAAUUAAAGAAGGAAGAGACGUGAAGGAUGUACUAUCGUUUUGCUCGGUUGGCGGUGGCGGCGUGUCCACUCUCGUGGCCUGCGAAUUGCUGUCGGACGUGCACGAGCUCUGUGCGAGAAGGGACGACUAUGGCGAGCUUAUCGGCUUGCGAAAGUACUUGGUCCAAGAUCGCGGUUGGCGUUGCUUGGCGGUGUUACAUCUACUUGGCGUGCGCGGCUUGUCUUGUGGUCGCGAGCUGGUUGCACUGUUGGUCGCGCUCUAUCCGGUCGCGUUGCAGGACGGAUCCGAUACCAAACAGUCGCGGGAGACUGUCGGCUCGUCUGCACGUAAUCAGUACGUGAGAUUUCAUUGUAACGACGACACCGUCGACACGGUGGACAUCGUACCACAUAUCGCGAAGCGCAAGAGUGUCAAGACUGGCCGAAAUGGAUUGCCUUACGAGGGCAAUGUGUCUUCGGGGCGUAGGAGAUUGGCUCGCAAGCACGUCGUCAGUGCGAAACUGCCAGCUCACCAUCACAAGCAGCAGAAAUCGUUGAUUCCGGAGACGCGACACGACACACCAGACGCGACAAGUAGCGAGUCUGACCCGGUGACGGACGGCAUCGACCAAGCUCGAUCUCUUACUCUGAAAAUCCGCUUGAAUCCUAUGGAUUUCGAGUAUUUUACGUCAGUCAUUAGAAGCGGCGACGAAGAGCAGAGAUGGCAGGCCGAGCUCUACGAGUUACCGCCACGUCCUGUGAGGAAGACACCGUGUGAUUAUAUAGACGAGAGAAUCAGAGACGUGUUAGGCGCCCGGAUCAGCAAUUUUGAGAUCAGUCUGUUGAUCAUACAGCUGCUGCAGGGUCUGCGCGACUACGAUACACCUGCCGAGCAAACACCGGCCGUACAGGUACUGAAGUUUGCCUUGGAUACGUUGUGGUCGCUGCAAUUCGGUAUAGACGGCAACAAUUUGAGUGGUACAGAAUGCGCGACCUUGAAAGCUGCCGCGGCGAGGCUUAUGUUAACAGCUUUGGAGCGCGCUUUGAGGGCCGAAGAACCUACCACAGCUGUGAUUCACAACGGUUUAUUGCCGAUGACUCUGAGAUUAUUGGAAGAUGCCUGCAGCAAGCCAGUGAACGUGCUGGAGCCAGAAGAAGGUUCGCUUCUGCAGGAAUUUAUCUUCGGCACUAUCUACGGGGUCAUCACGUUCCUCUAUUGUCUCUUGCAUCAGCGCAGCAGCAACGUCGACAAACUGUCGGAUUUUCUCGAGCUGUUCCAACUUUUUGUCGAGAGUCAAGAGGGGAAGCUCGUCGAGAGAACGGUGUUUAAGAUUGUCGAUUUGCCGAGUGUUGAUUCAGCCAAGUCGAUAGUACGCGCGAGAAAGAUAAUCGACAUGAUAGGCGCACUUACCAGCGGCUUGAAGCGUAUUCGUCGUGAUCUCUCGCAUGCCACACAGUGCCACAGAACGAAGCACAGAUCUUGCAUCGAUAAUAUUCAAAGCCACCAUCACUCGGACGUGCUCGGGACGUCAUAUCCUCAACCAAUUGUCGGCGCCGUCAAUAAACAAGUGUGCUGUAUCUCCUCGUUAUUUGCAACGCUCAUGAGUUUAUUGAAGCAGUCUCACUUGUUUGUGAGCGAACUGCAGGUGAGAUUGAUUAAAGUCAUUACUGCCGCUGGUACAUGUUGCUGUUUUCCGCCAAAGAUACUUGUAUCGAGCAUCGUGGCUUUCCUCAAGAAACGUGACACCUCGACCUAUGCGCCGGCUGUGGCGUUUUUGGAGCGUACUCUCUUCAAGGAGCUGGGCGCUUAUCCGGUGAUAGAUGCGUGUAGCACUUGUGACAGGUCGACGGAUUACUCUUGGGAUUUCCUCGAGAUGUACGUGGAUUUGUUAAGUCCGAGUGACCCGAAACUUUGCUACGUUGUGAUGGCGCAUUUGCUUAAGAUCACACCCAGUUCCAGAUAUCACGUCAGAGAACAGCUUCUCCUCAAGGUUUUCUACUCGACCUUUUUGCGCGCUAAAACAUCCUACUUGACCGACAGCGACAACUCGACGGCGAAAUUCCUUUUGCAGUCCUGCAUAUCCAUUAUGUCGUGUUUAAUUGUCAACGCAAAAAUGUGCGAGAAAUUUAUGGAGUUGGGCGGACUACGCGAACUCUUGGUCCUGAUGCCGGACAUGGCAUUUACGAGAAGUGUUUACACUCUCUUGGAAGUCACCGUGACUAUAGAGAUCUGGAAGAGCCAUUGUGAAGAAGUUAGUUAUUUGGAAAGUACCGACAUGCUUGCGACGAAAUCCUUGUUUGAGGCUCUCGAGAGAGAAACGAAUGAAUUGUUGAAGAUCUUACAGCAUAUUGAAGAAAGAAAGAUAAAAGAAAAGACAGGCCAGAAAGAUAUGAAGGAUACAUCUAACAUAUACUUUGACAAUCAAGAGAUCAAGCUGCCUCUUAUCGGAGAUAUGGAUUCAGCAAUCGACGAAACAAUAAUUGGAAACGUCGACGAUUCAACAACUACACAGAAGCUGCUUGAAGUCGAUACUCAUUCAAAACAAUUAGAGAACAAGACUGAUACGAUAAGUACGGUAGCAAUGGCAGACUCACUCAAGAAUUUUUAUACUCUCGCAAAGGAGGACGUCAAUUCAAACAGUACUGACGAUGCGAAUGUGAUCGAGAAAUUAAACCUGUAUCAGGCUAGCGCAGCAUGGAGGGCUGCCGCGGGCGUAGCUCUGUGCAGUCCGAAAUUUCGCACUGAACUAUCCUCGCAUCCAGUGUCACAGAAACUGUUGCAUUUGUUUAAAUUGUUAGCUGUAGACAUCGUCACAGACAGUAUUGAAGAGUUUAUCGUUCUUCUAGAUACCACUAAAUCGGCGCAUAAGCUCUUCGAGGCCCUGAUUACGUGCUGUCUGACAUCUCCGUUGUAUGAUCGUGAUUUAGUCAUGGAAUUAGGAAAGGCGUUGAUGAACACAGGAAUAAUGCUUGGUCGUGGAAUAUCUGUGAUAAUAGACGCGUUGUUGAAAAUCUCCAUGUUGAAGCCUGCUCAGGAAAAUAGCAUACCGCAACAACCGCGUCCCAGACUACCAAUUAUGUCGUUGGAGAAUCUACCAGAUUAUGGCGCAGAAGAUAGCAGUACUGGCGAAUACGUUACUGCUGACGAUGGAUACGAAGCAGAUAUCGAAGUACCUGGAAGAAGUCCCAACAAUAGCAUCUCCAAGAAAAGUAGCCCCCUUGGGCCUGUAGUGGAGCCAAGAGGUCAUGCUAAUGCACAUCCUGCUCUAUGUUCCUUGGCGAUCGAUCUUUUGAUUCACUUCAGCGAGCAAGGCUUAGAUUUGGAGAGAGCAUCUGUAAUAACCAGUGGAUUGCGACGGGUUGCUGUAACUUGCCGAGAAAGUGCUUCUAGUUGCGCUACACUCGCGGGUUCUGGCACCAUUACGAAGAUAUUGAAUGGCUUCAAAAACAUAUUCACCAACAAUGAUCCACGAUAUCGAGAUCUGCAACAUGCGGCAUUGGAAGUGUUUACGUUAUUAGCCACGCAAUCAAUUUCACCGGCGGAAUUAGUCACCUAUCUGUCUUUCUUUAAAGUAGAGAGACCAUCGCUGUUACCGUUGUUAGAACCGUUGUAUCAUUUGGUAUUGGCGGCACGACCUCAACCGAAUUUCAUUCUAUCGUUUCCUGCACAAUGUAACACGAAGACGUCGCCGAAAAUCCAAACGGAAGAACACAAGAAUCUGGAAAAGGCAGAGAAUCUCGUGAACAAUUUCAGGAAGAAACAUCUCGCUUCGGGAAUUUGCAGUCCUUGGUCUGUGCAUGCAACGUGCCUGCCCGUCGGCCCGGAACUAGCUUGGCCAGUGUGGCUGCAUGGUUGCUCCGCUUCUAUGUGGCUAAGAGUGGAAAGAGGCUUGCCCAUCGGUGGCAGAGCAACCGCUUAUAGUACUUCACCAUUGCUCGACUCAGACAGCGAUAGUCUAUCCGAUUGGGGUAUUCUUUCUGACAAUUGGAAUCGAGAAGUCGUAGCUGGUUCCAUGUCACCACCUACACCAACAUCAAUAAUACACUUGAUGUCGAUUGGUUUCGAAUCGUUAGUUUUGGAAACGUGGUUAGAUCUCAAAUCAGAUAAAUUAAUUUUACGUCUCACUCGACCAGACGACAAAAUGAAUCGAACAAUUUCUGAAACUUCGAUAAACGGCAUGCUCCCUUCGGGUCGCUGGCAUCAUUUGACUCUAAAUUUCAAAGACACCGUGUUAAAUAAACGCAGUGCUGUGGUCGAAGUUACACUUUGGGUGGACGGUUGGAGAGAGAUCAAUGCUCAAUUACCAUUUGACGGUUUAUUGGUGAGAAAACCUGGUACUACGUGUAUUUUGUUAGGUCAGAUUGGAUCCAGCAGUAUUGGCGCAUGGUACCUCGGAAAUUUAAUGGUUUUUAGAUGUCCAGUAUUCACGAAAGAGCGUGCAUUAUACCUAACAAGUCUCGGACCGAAUUAUACCAACUUGGCUGAUUGCAUUUUGAAUACGGUGAAACCUGACUUUGCUCUUCUUAUCGCGUCUGGCGCACUGAAUGGCAUUCGCGAAGUGAAAUUUGAAGGAGGCAAAUUUGAUACAAACCGGCGAAAAUCUUAUGGCGGUACCUAUUUGAGAUAUGCCGUCGAGACAAUGGUGUCAGAGACGAACAUUGAUUGGGACGCCGUUAUGGACGCGACAAACUCGCAUCUUGGCGAAUUACAAGAUAAUUUGCUUCUUAGUUACGAGGCUCAGAAUCCCAACGUUGUUCAUUUGUACCCUCUAGCCGUUGCCAAUCCUGCCGCUGUUGUGAGGAGUAUGUUUCCCGGGCAACCAGGUUUUCGAGUCGUCUCAGCUCCUGAGCAUAGGGUGUCUCAACAACCGCCCUUAUCGAUACCCCCAAUUGUAUCUAACCGUUUAGAAAGUCAACAAUACCGAGGACUCAUACCUGCUGCGAUUUUGGUGGGUGGCGUACCAGUGUUUUUAUAUCUUUUUGCAAGGGUGGUUGAAUUGAACUCUACUGAGGAAGAGCAAGCUCUGGCUCUCUCCAUCGUUUUACAUCUUGUACGUAGCGAUUCCGAACUCUUGAAUCAAUACCGAUUGGAGAACGGUACGCCACUACUACUGCGAGUGCUAGAGUCCUCGAGGUGUCACGCUGGUCGACAUAUCUUGAAAGCGAUCCUAGACGCAACGUGCGACAGUUCGAUCAUCAUCAAAGAUGUUGGCAGCGGUAAUCAUUUGAUCUCGCAAAACUGCGAGGCUGUUAUCAUGGAUCCAGAAUUGAUCAAGGACAUGCUUACCGCGUGGAGAACGUGGGCGAAAUACGAUACAUUGAAUUUACUGUUGCAAGCAUUGCUAUUAUUACUACGUGAUCAACAUUCGCAACGUGAGUUCAAUGCAUCUCAGUUAAACAGAGUCGGUAUCGUGAAUACGAUUCUUACCUUGUGUAAGGAACAUGUAUAUGAAGAUCAGGGUGCUAUAUUGGAUCCAUCUACCGGUACUGCCGUUGUAGAAUUAGUACGUGCUUUGAUGGGCGCACCGCCGGAAUUUGCUCACUUGGUCGCUAUCACCGAUUACCUGGUUGUCGUUCAUCAAGCUUCGGAGACAUACGUCACUCACUCACGACACAAUAUUUAUUUCAUGUUGCCGCAACUCGGUGAAAAGAAAACGAAUCUAAAGAUGAGCGAUAACGUGAGCGUCAUUUCCUCCGAUGACUCCAUAAACAUCGUGGAAAAUAGUAAACUGAACAAAGCGUUGACGAACGUGCAGAUUCAGAAAAAUCGGACUCCUAAACGAAAGGAACGUGAAAACACGUUAUUGAAAGAUGUCAGUGCUGGAGAAGAUUCUGGAAUCGCAGCUAGUGAUGGGUCCAAUCCUCAGAGCAAUGAAAGGCAAUCAGCCUGGACGGAUGAACGAAGAGCCUGCCAAGGCUUAGUCUGUGAAGGUUUGCUAUUAUUAUUGCGAGACGCUGUAAGAGUAUUACCCGACAGUCAAGUUGGGUCAGUGUUAAAGCAUGUCUUGAGAGCCGAAUUACUAUUGGUUUUAUCUAAUAAUCCUGACACCAGAGUACGCACUGCGUUGAUUAAGGUGGUGCAAACCUAUUUGCAACGAGCUAGCGACGAGGAAGUUAAUAAAUUUAUAAAACAUAAGUACUUCAUGCACUUAGGAAAUCAGAUAGCCUUAUAUCCUGGGAGCGAACCGCUGAUCGUUGCUUUAGAGAACUUAGCUCUACGGGGCCCGACGUUGGCGGCGAUGCCACCGUUAAUGGCAAUGGUUGCAAAGGCGGCAGCUUUUGAACCAAACGUAGCCAGGCCGAUAAUAUCAUUUAUUACUGACGUGAUAGCAAAGAAUAUGAACGCACUGAAAGUGCUCUUGGAGCAAGGAUUGAUAGAAUCAUUGGCGCAAGCUUUAAUCGCGGCCGCGCAUAGGGGCAGCUCGACGUCUCUUCAUCGAGACAUUCAUGUGUUGUUUGUGACAAUCGCGACUAAAUUGCUGGAAUUACCGGGUAGUCAUCAGAUACAAACUAUAUUAGAUCUGCAUGUAAUCCUCGAUUACGUGGAACUGAUUGAGAAGUUACAAUGUCGCACGAGUUUGGCUUGCACGGCCAUAAGGGAUGCGCAAGUCGCGUUAUUCGAUGGAGAGCUGGACACACUCACGACGAAGAUGUCGAGCCACUCGGGAUUUCGUUUACGUAGUACGGCUUCUUACUUGGCUUCAGCGUCAUACUUGACUUCAGUUCUUACGACGUCUAGCGAUCAAAGCGAUCAUGGAUCUCGUUCAUCUAGCUACACGAGCCUUUACACGAGUUCGCCUACGCCCACGCGGGAACCCGGCAAGAGAGAAUUAAACGAUCGCUUUCGUAUUAUUGUCACACGCGCGGUCGAAUUUAUAACUGCAGCUGACGUGUCACCAUCCGUCAAUGAAUUGCAGCUAACAAGAAGAUUGUUUUCCACUCUUCUGCAUGGCUUGUGCAGUCCACUGGAGAAGAAAAACCAUUGGAGUAAUACGUGGUCUGUUAAGCCGGCUUUGAGAAAAUAUACUGCUAGAAUCAUGGUGUGGUUGCUGGAACCUCAUCAAAGUAUCAAUACGAGAGUGUAUGCCGUACGAUCUCUAAUGGAGGAGCCGAGAGCUCGAGAAAUCUUAUCGUGUAUUUUAGAAGUUCAUCCACAGAUGGAACAAAAAUUUACCGUAUUCUUUUGGGACUUGCUGCAAAAACGAGACGAGAUGCCGAGUGCUGAUGCAAGAGUAUGUGCCGAAUUAAGAGAAGCUCUACGCGUGUGGGACCUCGCGAAAGGAAUAGAGCAGGCUAGUCCCGAAGCGUGGAACGACGAGUUAGCUUUAUUACGUCGGGACUUGCUUUUGGACCGAGAUAUCUGUAUCGAUAAUUAUCCUGCAAUUUUAAGAAUUGGUAAGAGAUUCGACGCGUUAGCCAAACAGUUAACCGAAAGUGCUAUGACAAUAACACGAGCGGUCGUGGAGGAGCAAAAUCGUGAGCGAAAGGUACUGAUGGAGCAAUUGAAACACACUCGAGCGCUAAAAGCUCAAGCGGUAGCCAGAUGGAGAGACUUGGCCAAGCGAUUGACCCAUGAACGGGCGCCUUGGCAUUUCCCCGAGAAUUACCCGAGAAGCUGGGAGUUAGAUCCGACUGAAGGCCCCGCCAGAGUCAGAAUAAGACUUCAGAGAUGUCAUUUAAACAUCGAAAAGAGAUUCUUCCUGCCAGAACAUCAGGAUAAAUUAGGGUUUCCCAAUACGGAUUCACCGUUGUCAUACCUAUUUACAAGUGGUCGUCAGGACGCCAAUGCUUCGACACUGAUUGAACGACUGCAUACGAGUGAGAGAAUACGUAAGAUGUGUCAGGUCAAAGUUGUCACUCCUAGAGCCGAACUAGCUGGCGAAGUACUCAUCGGUGAGACAUGUGUAUACUUUGUUCCCGACAAUCCCGACGUGCCGUUACACGCAGACGUAGCAUUGGGCGAUCUGGACUUAGCUAUGGCCGGUGGUACCGCUUGGCGUUUGGAAGAUAUUCGCGAAUUACAUAGAAGAAGAUAUCAAUUGCAAGAGACGGCCAUUGAAAUUUUUCUCAUUACCGGUAGAACGUACUUAUUGGCGUUCAAUUCUGCCAAAGAAAGGGACGAAUUCGCGACAGAGCUGUCCGCUUGCAACUUACCCAGACGAGUCCCUGGUGAUGACUUAGGAGAAGCUCUAGCCUUGUGGAGAAGCGGUGCACUCACCAAUUGGGAAUACAUAACUUGUCUGAACAAGUUAGCGGGUCGUUCAUACAAUGACUUAAUGCAGUAUCCUGUAUUCCCGUUUGUUUUGGCGGAUUAUGUCAACGAGAAAAUCGACUUGAACAAUCCGAAAAUUUAUCGAAACUUUAAACGACCGAUGGCUGUGCAAGAUAAAAAUAAUGAGCAACAUUACAUUGACAAUUACAACUAUUUGAAGCAAGCUUUAUCAGAAGAAUUAAAUCUGCUAGUCUUCAAUCGAGAACCUUAUCAUUAUGGGUCUCAUUAUAGUAACUCUGGAACUGUAUUACAUUUCUUAGUACGACUUCCACCAUUCACUAGCAUGUUUUUGUGUUAUCAAGAUAAUAAUUUUGACAUUCCCGACCGAACAUUCCAUGCAUUAGCUACCACGUGGAGAUUAACUAGUUGCGACUCGACGACAGAUGUGAAGGAAUUGAUACCGGAAUUCUUCUAUUUACCGGAAUUUUUAUUGAAUUUCGAAGGAUUCAAUUUUGGUGUUCGGCAGAACGGCAACAAAGUGGGAGAUGUUGAAUUGCCUAAAUGGUGUGGCGGUGAUGCACGUCUGUUCGUAUUGGGACAUAGAGCCGCGUUGGAAACGGAUAUUGUGAGGGAAGUUCUACCAUAUUGGAUCGAUCUUGUUUUCGGCUUUAAACAGACCGGAAGGCCGGCAGUAGAAGCUAUAAAUGUUUUUCAUCCUGCUACAUAUUACGGUUUUAACGUGGAGCAAAUAGUCGAUCCUGUAGCACGACAGGCCUGGGAAACCAUGGUACGAACUUAUGGUCAAACACCCGCGCAGCUGUUCAGAGCAGCUCAUCCACUGCCGAUGCAAAAUCUCAGUAAUGUAGCGCAUUCUAGUCAGAUACCACAGGUCAUCGAAGGAAUUACUGGUAUAAAGUGGGGAAAUUAUGUAGGCGCACCUGGCAAUGAGCCUGUAUUAUGUUGGAAGCAUAAGCACAGAUCUCCAUUGGCUUCUCUGGUUCCUCUGACAACCGGUGAUGUUUUCGGCUUGCCAAACUACACUACCCUUCUUCUUGGGUAUACUAAGGAAAAAGGUGGUAGUAUGUUAAGCUGUACGUCUGUGUUGGGUGCCGCGUUAGCGUCAUGGAAUGGCACAGAUGGAAUCACCAGAUUAAAGUGUAAGAAAGAACAACCGCCGAGGCCUUUAAUUAAAUCUUCAGGCCUCGAUCCUAUUACGACAUUGGGUUCUGCUCCUGAUUGUGGACAACUGUGGGCCGGGCACUUGUUAGGUAGAAUCACAGUGCACACGUAUACCAUUGGUGCUACGGGCAAAAUUGAAUUCAGUUCAGCGCCCGCGUCGGUGUUGCUGGCUCACAGAAAUCGGGUAAUGAUGAUUUCUCUGUCACGUGCGUUCAGCAUUGCUUGUUCUGGUGACAGUAGCGGCGUCAUGAUUAUUUGGGAUUUAAACAGCUUGACGUAUGUAAGAUCAAUAGUCUACGAUCAAAGCUAUGCUAUUCAUCUUCUGUGUGUCAGUGAGACUCUUGGAGACGUAGCAGUUGUUUAUGAAAUUCCUGAGCAGGAAGAGAACAGUGAUUCCAAUCAGUCCGAAUUGAGGGUUUACACCGUGAAUGCGAGAGCCGUAGGCUCCGUUUUGUCCAGAAGACGUAUAACGGCGCUUUGCUACAGCAACGCUCCGGAAGGUGUUUCUGUUAAUGUCAUUGCAACUGGUUUGGACAACGGAAUUAUUAGACUGUGGAGCAGUUGGGAUCUACAGUUAAUCAGAGAAAUUACGAGCAGCGCGAAGGGAUGCGGCGCAAUAAUUGCCGUAGCAUGGGCUUUAGAUCAACACCAUUUAUAUGCAGCUACGGAAGAUUCCACCAUCCUCAUAUGGGAGGGUUCAAAGCGCCUGAGUUCUGGUACUCCAAAAUUCGUUAAUUUAACAUCGCUAUGA